CCGUCCGUUCCCGUCGGUCGCGGCCAUGGCUGACGAGGUGCUGGCUCUGCGCGAGCAGCUGGUGGCCGAGGCCACCUGCCCCUUGUGCCUGGAUUUGUUCGAGCAGCCCGUGCUCACGGCGUGCGGGCACAGCUUCUGCGGGCAGUGCCUGGCGGGCGUGCUGGGGAACCCGCCGCGCUGCGCCGCCUGCCCGCAGUGCCGCGCCCCGGUGGAGCCGGGCUCGCUGCGCCCCAUCCGCCCCCUGGGUAACGUGGCCGGGCUGGCCCGGUGCCUGGAGGAGGUGGCGGCGCGGCCGCGGUGUGCCCAGCACGGCAAGCCCCUGGCGCUGUUCUGCGAGCCCUGCGCCGCGCUGCUCUGCGCGCUCUGCCGGGACGGGCCCGAGCACCGGCGGCACCGGGUCCGCCCCGCCGAAGAGGCCGCCCGGGAGCUGCGGGAGACCCUCCAGGGCAACCUGCUUUCUCUACAAGAACAGAAGGAAAAAUGGAAGCACCUAGGAGACCAGAAAAGUGAAGACCUGCAGAUGAAGGUGAUGUGGGAGCUGCAGCAUGUGCCCGAGACCUUUGAGGAGCUGCAGCGGUGCAUGGAGGAGCAGAAGAAGAUGCUGCUGGCCCAGCUGGAGCAGAAGUUCCAGGAGCUGGUCAAUAAGAACGAGGAAUACACGUCCAGGGUUUUGGAGAGGCAGUCGCUGCUGGACACGGUGAUUGCGCAGAUCCAGGAGAAGAGGGACCAGCCGGCGGUCGAGUUCCUCACGGAUGUUGGCACAGUCCUGAGCAGCUGUGAGGCAGCCAAGGCCCCGAUCCCAGAGCCGGUUUCCCCAGAGCUGCAGAGGAGCAUUGAGAGCCUCUCUGAGAAGAGCCAGUGGCUUGUGGACAUGCUGAAUAAAUUGAGAGUGAGCCUGCGGAGAGAGAUAGACUGGGGCAUAAGGGAGCAGGUGAGGCUGGACCCAGAGACGGCGAAUCCUUGUCUGAUCCUUUCAGACGACUGCAAAAUGGUCCGGUACAGCGCUGGAAAAAAAUACCUCCCUGACACCCCCAAGAGGUUCACGGCCAGCCUCAGUAUCCUGGGCUCCCAGGGGUUCACGUCUGGGAGGCAUUACUGGGAGGUGGAGGUCGGGGAAGAGGGCUGCUGGGCCCUGGGAGUGGCCAUGGAGUCCGUGCCGAGGAAGGAGUCUCUCGACCUGCACAGAUUUGAGAAUGUCUGGGCCCUGCAGUUGGACUGGAGGGGCCAGUACAGAGCAGUCUGCAUGACCCGUGACGUGCUGGCACUCAGGGAAAAACUCCAGAGAAUCAGGGUCUGCCUGGACUACGAAGCAGGCCAAGUGACCUUCUACAACACAGAGGACAUGUUGCAGAUCUUGCAGUUGGAGGCCACUUUCACUGAGAAAGUCUUCCCAUAUUUUUGGGUCUAUUCAGAAAAAACCCAGAUCCGGGUGUGUGACUGACAGGGUGGGAUGGCUGCCGGGCCCCUGCCCGUGCCCUUGGCUGGCUGAGCAGGGAGGAGCUGUGCCAAUGUCACGGCAUCACACUGCAGCCCCACUGCAGCUCUGCCUGGGCUGGAUCCUCUCUGCAAUUUUCUGCAUCUCCUCCCGCUAAAUCCUUUGGAGCAUUAAAGAAGUGCUGUCCUGCCUGGGGGUGUCAGCGUGCUGCUAUCCUGGCUGGAUGCCGUGGUGAUGGUGUCCUACCCCUCCCUGUGGGCACUGAGGCCACAGAAUAAUCGGGAGGGAGGAGGGAAGGGGCUCUGAUUGUCCAUGCCAGCCUUUGGCAGCACUGCAGGGCUGGUGGCACCUGGGCUGGGCUGGCCUGGAGGGUGCAGCCAUCCUGCGCUCAGGAAGCCAGGCUGGAGCCAUGAUAAUGGUGCCUUGAGUUUUAGCUUUCAGAUUUUUUUGAUUCUGUGCUGCUUUGGUGCGUAGUUCUGAGCUUCAUGUUAAGUGUUAGCAAGUUCUCUUCACAGGGUAGGUAGA